CGCUUUCCAUUAUUUCAAGCUACCUGUGCCUCCCAAAACCCUUUCUCUAAACCCUAAAUUUUUCUCUGCUGAUUUUUGCAACUAGAAAACGAUUGAAAUGGUGGUGCCUUUUGUUAAUGAUGAUCCAAUGAUUGACGAUGAAACUGAAGAUUUGGAUGAGGUACCGUCAGAUUCAGAUUCAGAAGAAGAUGUAAAAUUAGCUGAACCGUCAAAAACUGCAGUUAACAACAGAGAAGCGAUAUUAGAUAAACUUGGAGACAUAAGCUGGCCAGAGAAUGUGGAUUGGAAGCACAAGCUCUCCAUUGAUAUUGAUCAAGAGCAAGAAGUAGAUGUGAACGAUGACUUGGCUCGAGAGCUAUCGUUUUACACGCAAGCAUUGGAGGGAACUAGACAAGCCUUUGAGAAGCUUGAGUCAAUGGGGCUCCCUUUCUUGAGACCUGCCGAUUAUUAUGCUGAAAUGGUGAAGGCAGAUAGUCACAUGGAAAAGGUGAAAAGUCGGCUAUUAGAAGAGAAGAAGAAGAUGGAAGAGGCUGAUGAGAGAAGAAAGGCUAGGGAAGCAAAGAGAUUGUCCAAAGAGAUUCAGUCACAGAAGUUGAAAGAAAGGGCCAAGCAGAAAAAGGACGACAUUGAAUCUGUUAAGAAGUGGAGGAAGCAGAGACAACAGAGCGGGUUUGCUGAUGGCGGCGAUGGUCCAGAUAAGGCUUUAGGCUUUGAAGAUGGAAAAGUGUUUGAGAGGUCAAAGAAGAAAAGGCCCGGAGUGUUGCCAGGGGAUCGAUCAGGAGGUAAGGCAAAGCAAGCCUUUGGAAAGGGAAAGACGCAGAAGAAAAGAGAUACUAAGAACUCCAAAUUUGGUUUUGGAGGCCGGAAGGGAUCGAAGAAGCAGAAUACAGCUGACACAACUAAUGAUUUUGGUGGAUUCAGUAAGGGUGCUGGUGCUGGAAAUAAGAAGAGGAAGAGAUAAACAAAAUCUUCAUUUUGAUUUGUUUUCCCACAAAAUGGAUGUCAUGGAAUGUCUUUGGCUGUGGCACUUUUUUGGGAAUUUUCAUCAAAUCUGGAGUUGUAUGUCUUAAGUAGAUUAUGGUAAGUUGGUAAAACUUUAUUGGCAGUUAUAGAUUCUUAUAUAUCUACUCCAAUUUUGAUGUUUUGUUAAACAAUUUGUUACUUUGUGCUGCUCAUUACCAAAAGAUAUGUGAUAGUUCUUUUAAACACAAUCCAAUGUAAUGUAGACAUAUCUAGAGUUUUUAUGUUAUGCUAUUUAUUUAUCAA